AGACCAAGUGCAUCUGUAAACUCCUUCAAAGCCAGGCUUGAUAAGUUCUGGCGGAACUUAAGAAUGGUACAGUCACCCUUGGGAAUGAUUUGAUUUGACAAAAAUGAUUGCAAAUGCACCAUGUACACUGGACAUUGACACUGUCACGGGACUGUCACACAUAUUAUACUUGUUGAAGAAGAUUUAGCUUGGACGAAAGCUAGACCUGGAAACUUGGCUGCAGUUUUCUGCAUUUUUCCAGUAGGCCUACAUCCGGUAAUAAAUUAAUUAUGAGCAAGAGUAACAAACCAAAAACUGUUCUAGCAAAUCCUUUUUCUUACGCCCUCUACGUUCGUUGAUAAAGAUGUCAGCCUCCAUGCGAAAGUAAAGUAAAUUCUAGUAAUCUACAUUUACCUCGAUUGCUGUAAUAAAGAGAGUGAACUGAUAUCAUUUUCACAAUGUUGGCAGCUGCUGUUAGGAACACCAGUAGGUCACAUUCAUGGAGGUGUAUGAGGUGCUUAUCAUCAGGUGCCACACCACCACAAACACAAGGUUUUUCAUCUGACACCAUAUCAACACCUAUUCGCACCCAGUCAUCCCAAUCCCAACAACAUAGAGAAGACUUUAGAACCAGUGAAAGUGAUCCACUCAACCACACAUCCAGACAUAUCGGCCAGUAUUACACCAUCCCUCUGAAAGAUGUUCCCAAGGUAUUCCCCAUUGGAUACUCAGCCAGAUGGCAUAAACUACUUAGACCAUUUCAAGAGGCUGCGAUCAUGGUUCGUAAACCAGCUGUUGAAAUCAUGGACUUAAUGCGGCAGGCUGACUACACCAAUCCUCCAAUCAAGUAUCUGAUGUAUGGUAGGAAAGGGAGCGGCAAGACAACCUGUCUCAAUCAUGUACUACACUUCUGUCACAAUCAAAACUGCCUAAUAGUUCACAUACCAUGUGCAAACUCCUGGAACGUGAACAACAAGUGGGAUUUCUUGGAUUCUGUUUCUCAUGAAGGGAUGUACGACCAGCCAGCUUUGUCUUCAGAAUGGCUCAAGCACUUCAGGUCCAGGAAUGAACACUUUCUCAAACAGAUCCUGACAAGUAAAUGCUACGAGUGGAGUAAAAGAGAACAAACGGAGGCAGGACAGCCUCUCCUUUCAGUAGUUGAUCAGGGUUUAAAUCGUACUAAGAAUGCAACGGAUGUGAUUGGUGUUGUAUUGAAAGAACUUCAGGAGCAGAGUUCCUCAGGACAGUAUCGUCUGAUCCUAGCGGUCAAGGCUGUUAACGGCCUCUUUGCUGAGAUGACCAACAUUAGGAAACCUGGAGGAUAUAUAAUUCCUGUGAAUGAGCUAAGAAUGGCAUAUCACUUCAAGAAGAUGCUGAAAGGACAUUGGACUAAUGGUGCUAUCAUCACGACAGUUGACCAGCAUAACUGCCAUCAAGCCCCUAAGAAUGACUUCAAACCCCUUCAUUUGCUCCAAAAACAGGGCUUUGAAUGGCUGGAUCCCUUUGUACCUAUUUACAUUGAGAACUACAGUGAUAAGGAGUUUGAGAGCUGUAUGCAGUAUUAUAUCAGCAAACGAUGGGUCCAAACAGAACAAGCCAAGACAGAGGAAGGCAAACUCCAUCUGAAGCUGUUAUCUGAAAGCAGCCCUGGUUCAUUAGAAAGAAUGUGUGCUUCUAUAUGAACAUUGAAAAACUAGACCUGAGGACCGAUUAGACAUGGAAGACAGUGGAUGUCUGUGGUGAAAGCCAGAGAUGGUGAAAGCUAAAGAUCUUUACGAGCCUUGCAAAGUUUCACUUCAGAUCCCGGUUACAGAAACAACAUUUGGUCAUCUUCAAACUCUUCCACGAUUGGGUUUUGCUGCUGUUGAUGCAUUGGUGUUAUGUCGACUGUACACUAACCUGUUGGAGUCUUUAAAUAUUCCUCUAUAACACGUUUCCAUAGACUCCAGCCUGUAUGUAUGCGAGUCUUGAUUAUGUCAAUGUUCCAUUCUGACAUAGCAACACACCCGACUCCUUAGAAUUAACCCAUUGGAGACUAAAUGAUUUUGCUAUAACACACUUUCCAUAGACUCCAGCCUGCAUAUAUACGGGCUCAAACUCCAACGGGUUAAUGUUUUCUGAAAGCCCUUAUUUUGAAAUUCCCCCUUUAUGACCUACAUGAUAUCAGCACUAUAGGUCUAUGAUAAAUAGUUUUUUUAACGUGGAGAAAGAUCAUGAUUAAUUCUGGUUUGAGAAAGGAAAUUAUAUCAUGGAAAAGAUCAGAAAGAAGAUGCUCAAAAUACAGAAAGAUCAUGCAUGGUCUCUACGAAAAUUACACUGGUUAGUAUUUGUUGCAUUGCCAUUGUUUGUUAGCAACUAUGAUCACAAUUGGCCAUUUCCCUUUACAGUCUUUUGUGUGACAGAGCCCCAAUCAUGCAAUGCACAUUUUAUUGCAUUUAUUUGCCAUCAAUCAUAUUUCCUUCAAAUCUAACUGAUUUCUGUUGACCUAGGAAUUUUGACCAAGUUUAAAUUCCCUUUAUUUUGUUUCUAUUGAAUUUAUUUUGUAAUAGUUGGGACGCCUUUUCUAUAUUGAGAUAUUAUGGCCUUCAUUUAUUUUAAUAGAUGUCUUAUAUGAUUAAUAUUUAUGAUUAAAAAUAUUAUUUUGGAAUUUACUCUUCCAAAAUUUGGUUACUCUGAUCGCAAACAAAGGUUUUAAAUAAAGAAAUAUUUAAAGCUUUA